AUGGCUGAGCUCUCUCAGUACGAAAACUAUGCAAUGAUGAUACAGCACUGCAUUUUGGCUAUCCAACAGCGUCACUCCCUCGCAGUCAAAAUCGAGGAGUUGAAGAAGAAACUGAGCAACAAGACAAAACAGGUAGCCAAGCUCCUGUCUUCACUAAACAAGGCUGAGGCUCGCAUCCGAAGCUUGCAGGACAAGGCAAAAGCUGCCCAACUGGCCCAAAGCAAAGCUGAGGAUAGCACCGAAGCCGCUGAAAAUGUUGUCGUGGUCGCCAAAGACGAGGCACAAGAAGCUAAAGAGAAGGAGUCUCAAGCCCAGAUUGAGCUUCAAAUGGAACUUGCAACCAAAGCGGCCGAAAUAAAGGCGGCCGACGAGAAGGCGUACGCCGAAGAGGCGGCUAACGUUCGCGACGCAUAUAAGAAGCAAGUCAACGAGGCAUGCAACAAGGGUUACACCCUUGGAUGGAUGUCUGCGUUGAAGGAAUUAGUUGUCCCCAACGACUCGCCUCUUUGUGAUGCCAGCCAACUUACUCUUCCAUUCUCACCCACUCUAAGCCAAUCCGAGGAUGAGGCCGAGGAGGAAAAAGAAAUUGAGGCUGACAAGGACACAGUCGCUGAUGUUGCUCAAAAGAUUGAAGCUGCUGGGGCCAAGUCCCUAACUCUGGAUAAGCAAGCUGAGAAGGCAGCCAAGAAGAGUACUCAGCUGUUUGUCGAGGCUAAGACACCAUCAAUCGUCAAGGCAGGGCAGUCUGCAGAGAAUCCCCAAUGA